GGGCUCCGACAAAGGUUGCAAUGUGAGGGGAGUGCGCAUGGGAAAAUUUAUCACUCGUAACAAGAUUUAUCACUCUACUGUUUUGUGAGAAUGUGGAAGGGCCAUGAUCCAAAAGCCUUUGUCAGAGGACCCUGCUUAUCAACACUUGCCUUGUCUCCACUUAUGCAAAACUAGACGCAGAAGAAUCCCGAGAGCUGCCUUUCCAUCGAGCAAUCAUGCAGUUUAAGACCUUUGAAUUUCUGGCCUAAGACAGCAGCAAUGAAUCACAUCACGGCAUUAAAGGGAUAUUCGCGUAUUUCUAUUCAUAGGAACAUUGGUACGUGCUUCAGAAAUGGCCUUGGGAAUGUUGCAUGUCGAUCUGUGUCAAGCCAGGCCACCAUUGAUGCUGACCCAAAAUUAGCCGACAAGUUUCGCGACGCAAAACCUUUUUCGAGUAUUCCUUACGCAGGCAGUAAGAGCUGGGUCCUGAACAUUUUGGAAAUAUUUCUCACCAAAGGAGGUUUCCACAAAUCUGUCUAUAAGAUACAAGAAAGAGACUAUGGUUCAAUUGCAAGAAGAGCCAGUCCACAAGGCGAUGAAGUCUGGCUGUUUGAUCCCCAAGACGUGGCCACCGUCUUCCGAGCCGACUCAAAAUAUCCAAGAAGAUUCGAUAUCCCGCUUCUCGAUGACUUUUACGCUCGCAGAUCUAAAGAGCCCGGUGUUUUCUUUCUCAACGGCGACAAGUGGCAUAAGCCCAGAAUAUUGCUGUCCAAAAAGAUGUUGCGUCCAUUGGAAGUAAACCAGUAUAUUCCAAGAAUAAACUGCAUUGCUUCAGAAAUGGUUGAGCGUAUUUCAAAAGUAAGGGACAGUGAAACAUUUGAAGUUGAUGAAAUUGAUAUGGAGCUUUUCAAAUGGUCGUUUGAAACGGUGGCAGAAUUUCUGUUUGAUCGUCGUUUUUAUGCGCUAAGCGACAGUCCGCCAGAAAGGGCUACGAAUUUCAUCAAGGCAGUUGGUCGUUUCCUUGAUUCUUUUUCAUCUGCCUAUCUUAUGCCUCCUGGUUUAUAUAAAUAUUACAAAACGAAGGCAUUCAAGGAUUUUGAUCACAAUUUUAUGCUAUUGUAUAAAUUUGCAGAGGAACUUAUCGAAGAGAAGCUGACAGACAUUGCCAAGCGAAGGGAGCGUGGAGAAGAUAUCGAUACUAGGAACGAACUCAUACCAUUUCUGCUGUCUUCUGAUAGGAUAUCAGAGGACGAGGUUGGGUCGAGUAUAGUGGACACGUUGUUUGCAGGGGUAGACACGACGUCCAACACGAUGCAGUGGAUGCUGUACUUGAUUGCUAAAAACCCGCACGCGCAAUCUCGUAUCAGAGAAGAGAUUUCAAGAGUUCUGCCGCAAGGACAAGAGCCAACCGCUGAGUCACUUCAACAGCUGAGCUUGGUGAAAGCUGCUGUGAAGGAGACAUUACGUCUCUACCCGGUCCUUAUUAUUACUGCCCGAACUCUCGAGCACGAUGUCGUUUUGUCCGGAUACCACGUACCUGCAAACACUCGGAUUUUUCUUAUGCACCAUGUUAUGGGCCGCAGUGAGGAUCUUUUUGAGAAUGCACAAGAAUUUGUGCCAGAACGAUGGCUACGGACGGAAGCUGCCACAAAACAUUCCGCUUAUGCUUCGAUACCGUUCGGGCAUGGGGUCCGCAUGUGUCUUGGUCGUCGCUUAUCGGAACUUGAGCUUCAGAUACUGCUUAUCAAGAUAUUGAACCGGUACACAUUGGAAAUACCGCCUGGGCAUGUCGUUGAUAACUAUUUCCGAAGUGUGAACAUUCCGGACAAACCAAUCCGGGUUAAGUUCGUAGAGAGAAAGACCGACCAACGAUAAAUGUUAACUAUGAUGCCCAUUAUGGACUUUUUAAUUGAAUAUUUUAAAAAUGGAAGUUUCGAAAAUGUUUAUUUUUAAGUGUGCUUUUAUGAUAUUUCCGUCGUCUUUCAUGGAAAAUUAUGCAAGAUUUAUUCCAUUAUUAUUCUGUCUUUCAUUCAACUUACAGUCACUUGUUUUGAAUGCACCAAUAUUCAUUGAUCAAUAAUAUCAAAAAAUAGUGAUUGUAAGUAAAAAAUUCUUAGAAUUAAAAAAUCCCUUUCUGGGAUUAUAGAAUUAAAAAGAUCCCUUUCUGGGAUUAUACUGGGUAAAAUGUAUUCAGGUUUAUUGAUGUAUUCAGGUGUUCUCAACCAUUUUCGACUGGUAAAAUAAUCGCUGCGCAGGAGGAUUCAAAUUUUUAAAAAUCCCUCCUGUAACAUAGAUAGCAGUAAAUAGCAAAAGUUUGUCAGCAGAACACUCAAUUGAAAUGCUCCAAAGGUCCUUUUAAAGCCUGUAAGGUAGAGAACAUGCCAUUUUCUGUCGUUCCUAUCUGCCCGGUUGCAACAAAUCUCUGCUAGGAAAACACUCAAAAAAGGUUAAUAAGUGCCCAUUUAAUCCAAUCACCUUUUCUAGGUAAAAAGAUAUCUGGUUGGUUGAAAAAGAUUCAAAAGGAUCCCCGAUCAAAUAAAAUGUAAGAAAAUUUAAUAUUUUACACAGCAAAGUAAUUUUUCGUAAAUGAUGCAUUUUAAUUUUCCCGCCCUUUUAAUCGUUGACGAAUUGCGUCAGCUUUUACACGGCCGUAGCAGUGAACAUCAGUGGACGUGAGCUUCUCAUCGAUCUUCAAGCCUUUAUAAUACAUAUAUAAAGUACCUGAGUGCCAAAAAAGUUUACAAUUGUAGUUAUUUUGAACAAUUUUUUUGCGGUACAGAAUUUGAAAAUGGCUUUGAAAAAAGCAAACAUUUUACAAGAUACUUAAAGCUUUUUCGUCUGACACUCCUCAGAGCAUAAAACGUCAGAAUAAGGUUCCGAAAAAACACGUUUGAAAAAUAUAUACCCAGUUGUGGAUCGAAAUAGGCCAAUCAGAAAAACGCAAGCACAAGACCGGUAUAGUUGACCAAUCAGUGCCGCGAGCCUAAAGAAAAAUUACCAAUGGAGUCCAAGAGAGAAAACGAACUCCUUUUGUCUACACAAUAGCGGCUUUUUCGUUUUUAUGUAGAUUGACUCCAAAACUGCUAGAUGGAAGGACGACCGGGCUCUGCCAAUUAUCCGGAACAUGUCGUCAUUAUAGAGUUUUGCACAAUCUGGGUUGUCUAAAAGAUGUUGACCAAUGGCAGAAUCACUUGUUUUAACAGUGUUUCUAGACCUACAAGAUCGAGGAGGCUGUUCUCUUUGAGGGGCAGUUUUGUUUCGUAUGUUGGAAGGAACAUGCUGUUUUAUCCUAUCCCCAAUCUUUGGGUUGUGCGCCCUACGUAGCCAGAAUCACACUGGCACGUAAAUUCAUAAAUGACGGAACUUUUUUGUUUGGUAGGGACGCAAUCCUUUUGAAUGGAUGGAAGGGCUCUCCUAGUGCUGUAAACAAUCCGAGGAUUGACAGCAAAGAAACAAUUGGUUAUGGCUUGCCUAAUUUGACUCUCGAAUCGCAAGGAAGUGUUACCAAUCCAUGGUAGUUUCAAAUAAACUGGGCACUUUUGCGGACCAAACUUUUGAACAGCCGAAAAACUUGCGAUCUUCUCCUUAGUAUCAGAUAAAA